AUGACAUAUGCCACUCUCCUCGACCAAGCCAAUGAAACGGCACGGAGAGCACUUGCGAUGUAUACCAAUGGGGACACAAUUGUCGACAUUCCACAUGAGCAGGUCCGCGCCAUGGACGACGAAUUGCAAGCGUUGUCCAACGAGCUGUGUACGUCCAACAUCCCUGAAAGUGACCUAGCUCUUUCCAGUCAUAUCAACGACCUUGAUUGGAUACAGUCUACAAUUGAUCACAUGAAUGCAGCUAUCUUUACGACUGCUCUGUGGACCACCACUGAUUAUGCUGCAACAACAGCCUUCUUCCGGACAGUGAUACCAAAGCAGCUUCAUCAUCGAGAUGACAUUAUCAAUGUAUACCUUGAAUUUGUUGAACAAUGGGCCGUUGUCGAUACAUUACGCCAUUCGAUUAACCAGCAUACGACUCGAGAGAUCAUCGACAAAAUGAAAAGGAGAAUUGAGUGUGAUUUGGAAUAUGAAGACCAGCUGCAACUUCAAAGGGUACGCGAUGCUUUUAUGAAAAAAUAUGAGCAUCCGAUGUGUGAUUUGAAGGCAUUGUUCGACCCCAAAAGAGUCCAAAGGUCCUGGGUUCAUGUAUUGCCUAUUGUAUUGGAGGCUAUUGAUAAGAAAGUCAAAGACCUCCAACAUGCCAAGGAUCAUAAAGGGGACGACCCUAUUUUCAGCGAUGAUGACAGUUUCGAUGUUGAUACCACCACCAACGGCGACGAUGAAUCGCUGAAAGAGGAAUUGGAUGAGUUGAUUGAUGAGUACGACGAUGAGAUGGAAGACGCAAUCAUUGAAUACGACCACGGCGAGGAGAAAGACGAAGAAUCCCAACAUGCAGCGACUCAAAGACGCCCAACAAAUGAAGAUUUGGAACGGAUCGAUCUACAAGCAUGUUGCGAACUUCAAGUAUACCAUGACGUGAUUUACGAUGAUGAUGAUAUCACAGGAUGGGAUAUACAAGGUUCUGACAGCACAUCACUAUUUCCAAUGCGAGAUGAGGACAUUCCAUCACCGUACGAUUACUCACCACCUGGUCGACCUCACACAGACUUAUCCCGCAUCAAUGAAGAAGGACUUUCCUUUUCUGACAAUCUCAGUAUGAGUAUUUCGCAAAUGGAUUAUACAAACAGCCCUAUGAUGGAAAAUCACGACACAGCAAAUGAUCCCAGAAGCUCAAGUCGAUAUAGAGAUUGGUCAAGUGAUGAAGCACAUGAUCCCCUUUCUACUACUCUGCCGAGCACAACCAAUUAUACCUUGUCAACCAAUGUUGCAUGUCAUACAAGGCAACUUGCAGGACGAGGUGAUAUCGCUAGAGGUGGAACUACACGAGGUCAUCAUCCCCAGCAGCUGACAUCGAGUACCAGCAACGCUCAACAACAAGAGCAAAAAAUCAACAAUCCAAGAAGUACCAAUGUUACUGUAGUCCCUGGUAUCCAACGCCAUCGUCGUCGCCACAGGCGAAACACACCUCCCAUUCCACCACCACUGGAAGACGUUAGCGGACUACGCAAAUUGAAUGAGUAUUGGACAGACGAAGAGAUAUCCGCCCUAGAUGCUGGUCUACGCAUGUACAGCAGACGAUGGAUUACAAUCAAAGCAGAAUUCCCGGAUAUCCUACGCAACAGGACGAAUGCUCAAUUACGGGAAAAGGCAAGGAAUAUUGCACGACAAAGAAGAAAGGAAGGGUCACCGCUGGAGCAUUAUGAAGGUUGCGGGUGA